AUGUCUGAGCCUGAUUUAAACGUAUCUAGAAGUGUUUUAUUCAAUAUUAAAAGUGCUGAAGGUUCCGGCCUGCAGUUCCUUAUUGGGCGGUCAAGCGAGAAAGAUCCCGACCGUUAUGCUCAACCUGACAACUUUUUGUUUAACGAAAAGAGUUUGAGUAAAGGGCAUGCGAUCCUCUGCAUCAAAAGAUUAACUUGCGUAGGGAAUGAAAUCUCUACUCCGUUUAUUGACCAGUUCAGGAUAAGUGUCGAGGACUUAGGUAGCACCCACGGGAUUGUAGACUUGCAUUCCCAAGACGCAGAUGCCAAAGUUAUAGACUUGAAGAAUGGGGAACGUUUCGGUUUGGUGAAACUCAGCCGACCUGUGGGCCCCGGCCAAUCGCGUGGUGCAAAGUUAAAAUUUCGCGUUCUGAUUAAGAGAGGCUUCUCAGAUCAAGAGGAGGUCUGUGAAUUGUCAUUGAUAAAUGUGACUAACGAAGAAAGUCCAUGCUUCAGCAGAUCGAGCACCUUAGAGAAAGGCAGGCUUGAAGCUCCCUCGUCUCCCUCUCCACUAUCCACCUCUUCUUCGGAAAUGAACUACAGUGAGGACUUGGUCUUAGAAAUAGAGGAGAAUGAUAAACUAGAGGCUGACAUCGAUUAUGAGCAAGCUUCUGAAGAAAGUGAAAUGGGCGUGGCUGUCUCACACCUAGUGACACAUAAUGAUUCACAUUUCUCCGCCAUUAUUACUGAGAAUGAAACGGCCGCGGAUGGAACUUUGUCUCCUUGCGACGACGAAUAUGAUGAUUUUUCCGAUGACACCUAUGAGCUACUGACAGAGUUUAAUCAUAAAAUGGAGAACACGCCAGAAUGUUAUGAUUGCUGUGAAUCACGCAUAUCCUUUAAAAACGACGCAGAAGGUAGCAUGUGCGGUUCAGAUGUAAGGCAACCUCUUAUGCAGUUCGGGAGAAAGCGCUCUCUGGAAGAGAGUAUAAUCUCGGAGGUUGACGAGCCUCAAACUAAAAAGACUGAUAUUGGCUUGUCAAACGACAAUAUAUCAUCUAUCAAAAAGAGGCAGGUUUUAAUUGGUGGUUUACUUGGGUUUGUGGCAGGCUCUUUGGGUACUUUAGGUGUAUUGGUUGGAAUUGCAAAUAUGGAAUAA